AUGGAUACUAAAGUCAGUGAUUCUAAAUCUCCAUCCAAAUCAAUAAAGCCAAAUAUACAGGAUUACGUAUCUAUAGGAUCUUUGGGAAGAGGAGCAUAUGGAGAGGUUAUAUUGGCAUAAAAAAAAACAGAUAAUCAAUAGGUAGCUAUAAAAGUGAUUGAUAAAAAAUUCUUAACAAGAGAAUAAAAACAAUACCAAGUUUAUAUUGAAAGGGAAAUGCUUUUAUAUUUGAAGCAUCCAGGGGUUGUAUAGUUGUAUUCUACUUUUUAAAAACCUGAAAAAUUAUAUUUUGUUAUGGAAUAUUUAGAAGGAGGUGAUUUUGCUGACUUUUUAAAAUUACAUAAAGAUUUAAGCUUCCAGACCUUAUAAUUUUAUCUAGCCUAAAUAGUUGUCAUUUUAGAGUAUAUUCAUUCUAAAGGAAUUGCCCAUAGAGAUUUGAAACCAGAAAAUUUAAUGUUAUCCAAAAAUGGGCAUUUAAAAUUGAUUGACUUUGGUACUUCAGUGGUUGUUCAUGAAAAUAAAGUACCAGCUGAAUUUUUGUAGAAAUACAAGCAAAUUAAAUCCUCUUUCUAGACAUAAGAAGGAUCUUUCAUCAAUAGAGCAUCCUUUGUAGGAACUGCUGAAUAUGUCUCACCAGAAAUGCUUGAAGAAGAACCUUGCGAAUACGCUGUAGAUUUAUGGGCUUUAGGCAUCAUAUGUUAUAAAAUGUUUACAGGAGUAACACCUUUUAAUGAUAGUACAUAAUAUUUAGUAUUUCAAAAUGUAAAAAAUGCUUAAUUAAAAAUACCUGAAAAUAUACCUAAAGUGGCUGCUAAUUUAAUCUAAUAAAUUCUAGUUAGAAAUCCUUAGGAGAGGUUAGGUAGUUAAUCUAUGGCUGAUCUUAAAUCACAUCCUUUUUUCAAAGGAAUAGAAUGGGAUAAAUUAUUUCAGAUGCAAGCACCGUAACCAAAGAUUGUAUCAGUUAAAUCUGUAGAAAAAUCAAUAGAUCCAGAUUUAUAAUUAGGAGGGAAAAGGAAAUCAAAACUUAAAUUUUAUGGAGUGGUUUAAUUUAAAAUAGGGUGGUUUAUUUAUAGACCAUUAGAUUUAGUGCUAAUUGAAGGCAAAGAAUAUAUGAAGUUGGCAUUAUAUGAUCCAGAAACCGAGAAAUGCUAAUUGAAAAUUAGGUUGUUGGAAGGAGUCUAAGUAUAUAGUCCAAGCAAAGGGUAGAUGGAAAUUAAAGAUUAGAAUAAAAAGUACAAAAUCAAAGAAGUAGAACAUCCAAUUGAUAAGUGGUUAGAAGUUAUUGAGAAAUGUAGAAAAAAUUUGAUAAAAAAGAAGUAAAAAAAACAAGAGAAAAAAUAAUGA